GAGGUCGAAGAUGCAUCGACGUUCUUGUGCUCGUUUAUUCCCUCGAUCAGUUCGUUCGUGGUCGCAUCCUUCGACGGAAACAUGAUCAUAACGGGAGGAAGAUUUCAGUUGGUCAGUGUUCUCGUGACGCUGGCACUCUUCGUGAGAAUAAAAACAUCGACGGCUUCGAGUGAUCCGAAACUCGGUAUACCUACGAGCACCGAGAACGCGCGAGACGAUUCCGAGAUCAAAAAGGAAACAUCGAAUUUCGAGAAUCAGAAGCUCGUUCGAGUUCCAUUAAAGUUCUGGAACCCACGUAACAGAGAACGUCGCUCUAUCGGCACAGCCGAUCGAACGGUGAACGAAAACGAACGAAGCAGGUAUCGAAGCGAAUUCGACUUAAACGCGAUCGCGUUGAACGAAAAAUCAUCUCGAGAUGACAGUGUCUUUAGAAACGAUUUCGAAAAGAACAAUGCAAAGUUCCAACUGGCUCGGAUUCAAGCCGGUUACAACAACCGAAAGGAUAAAGAGCGCUCGCGUAAUCAGGACCUUGAGAAAUACACGGAUACGUACUUAACGAAGAAGACUAUCGUACGACGUCGCGCGGAUUACAUUGUGAAGGAGAACUCGGACGAUAGUCAAAAUCAAAUAAACGAAAGAUACGCGAAGAGAAACCUCGCGAUACGCAACGACGAUUAUUACGCACAGAGACGAUCGGUUAUGGAGAGAUUUUACGCUCGACAACGUGAAAUAGCCAAUAAAUAUAGUAAUAAGACAUCCACAACGUCCGAACACAACGACAGAUUCGAUUUGGGCAUGAUAAUACGAACCAAUAAUGUAUCUUCGUUGGACAAAAUCGACAACAAGAUCGACGCAAGAGAAUACAUUAAUACCACAACUGAACCUGAAAUGCAUCCCAGGAGAGUAAGGACAGAGAACGGUCAGCACCGCAAUCACUCGCAAGACCUCGGCAAUAAUGAGGAAGAAUAUGAAUAUUACGACGAGUACGAUGACGAAAUAAGUAAUAGCAGAAAUAACGGAGAUACUCACACGGAAAAUAUUAAUGCCGCUGCUAAUGACACCAAAAAUAAUAGUAACACUCCUAACGACAAUGAGAGUAAUAGCAACACUCUUAAUGACAGGAAUGCGACAAGAGUGGCCGAUAAGAAUAACAGUACUAACUGGAGUAACUGCAAAGCAAAAGGAGUAGGCAAAUUGCUGUACCAAUACAAUACUCUCCUCAGAGCGCACAAAAACAAAGCAGAUAUCGGGGUAUCGGUCGACGGACCAUUUUGCAUCACCUGUGUUGAAGUGACACCAUCCGUUGGAACCAAAGCUAUCAUAUCGUCCGAGGUGAUCCGCGCAGAGAAUGGCACCUUCCAAACUGUGAAAAUCACGAUCAGGGGACUUCAGGACGAAAGCCUGUCGCUUACCGUAAAAAUUUGGGCUGUUCCAAGGACCAGCGAAGGUUGCACAGGCAAUUAAAUAGCCUUGGUAAAUUUUAUAAUGAAAUUCAAUCGAUGGUCGUACGACAUUAUAAAAUGUUGUUCCAUUACAACGUGUAUCGGCGUACAAUAUUAACGUAUUGUCUUACAUACUUAUUGUUUCAUUUUAUAUACAAUUUAUAGUCUUUAGAA